AUGGUCAACAUGGAUACCCUAGAUGCUUUGAAGGCAAUGGCAGUAGACCCUAAGAAAAGAUUAGCACUUGCAAAGGAUGCAACAUGCAUUGGUGGACUUGUGAUUGUGUUAUCCAAUGCAAAUUACUGUGUGGUUCAAGAGGCUUUGCAAAUUCUUCUAUUACUUGGUGAAAGUUCUGAAGCCAAGUCUAUACUGAGGAAUCAUGUUGGGAUGCUGGAUCAGCUAGAAAAGCUGUUAAACAGAGGAGAGAAAGGUGCUGAAGUGAAACACUUGGCAAAGCAGCUUCUCUCUAAGUUGUAUGAUGACCCUGAGCCUGCCCAAACACCACUGAAAGAUUCCAGCAACAUUUCAAGGUAUUCAAAAAACAACAGUAAUCAGGGCUGGACCUCAGGGAAAUCUAUCGUCUUACAGCUGAGAGGUUUUCAUGAUAAGAGUGACAGGUUUUUGUGUAGUGCUGUGUCUGUGCUGGCAGCUUCAGUAGCAAAAUCAAUGACAAUGACAGCUCAACAGGUUGUGAAAAAUGAUAAUGGUGAAGAGGCCUUCAUAAGUUUCAACUCCAGUGGGCAUUCUGGCGGCUGUGACAAAGAACAAGACACUCUACCCGAUUACCUGUCUGACGACUCUGAGAUGACGGUUGGGGAGAAGGCAGUGAAGAAGCCUACAGAAGAAGACAGGCAAAAAUCAAAGACAUGGUUUUCUGCAGCAGCAAACUUUCUAACAAACUCUUUCUACUGGUGA